AUGGAUGUGAAGCACGAUGCUAUUUAUUUGAAUAUACAUAAAUACAUUAUGAUUAUUGUGGGGAAAUGGUACGUCGGAUUCCAGAAUAAAGCUCUAGAUAAAUUCUACAGGCUCUAUUCGAUGUUCUUUGAAACAUUCGUCAUUCUGAUAACUCAACAGAUCUUUGUGUCUAUAAUUGUUUACAGAAGUUGCCCAGCAGAAAGGGUUAUAGAGCUAAUUUGUUAUUACAUCCAGUACACCAAUAUGUACGUGUCAAGUUUGCUAUGUAGAAGGGCCAGCAUGAGGAGAGUUUAUGAAUAUAUCUUUGAUUACGAGAAAACAAAAUUACACAAAGAAAAUGAUGUGUCUGUAAAUAUAUAUUUCAAAUAUACGACCCUAAACAGAAGGAUGCUGGUUUUCUUUGCUUUAUUGACAAAUAUAACAGGAGCUAUAUGGUACAUUCUGGUUGUCAGACACACAUUGACGGAGCAUGAUACUACCUUAUGUGCUCUUAAAAGAGGCCUAAAUUUCCAAAUUUGUGUAGUUUCUAUACACAUUUACAAUAAAUUAACUCCAGUAACGUUUAUGCUGUUCGAGUUAGGGCAAAUCAAAAUAUUGCAGAAUAUGAUUCGGUGCAUCGACAAAAAUGCUUCUGAAUUAGCAAGCUUCGAAGAUAUUGAUAGUGAUGAGGCAGUGCUGAUAACAAUGAGAGGUUGUGUAAAGAAGCACCAGGAAAUCAUAAGAUUAUUGCAUAUGAUGGACAAUGCUUGCAAAAAAAUUGUGUUAAUUAUUUUCUUCAGUAAUUCCGUGGAAUUGGCAGCAUUCAUAGUAAAACUACUUACGGAAACAAAUACCUUAGACAUCUUCCGAACAUUUGGAAUUUUAAUCAUGCUGAUUACUCAGAUUUUUAUGUUCUUCUGGUAUGCUAAUGAGAUACAAGUACAGAGCACUGCAAUAUCUGACAUUUUAUAUAACAACACUGACUGGAUAAAUUACAACAAACCUGCUAGAAUGCGCAUGCUGUUGAUGAUGAUCAGAUCGCAGAAACCAUUGACUUUCAAUGCUGCUGCUAUCGGAGACAUGUCCAUCGACACAUUUAAGAGAAUUAUGAAGCUUUGCUACAGUAUAACGGCUUUUGUCAAAACAGUGUUUAAUAGUAGAACAGAGAUGUAA